CAACAUGAUGGUAAUUUUAGUAACUCAAGUUUACCGACUGAGUGAAAAUGAACGAAGGUAUCUUUUCAAACCUUCUGGAACCACUUUUAUAAUGUCUCACUCAAUUCAUAUCUUCACUUGGUUUUUCAUCUUUCUCUCUCUCUUUAUUUUUCAUCAUCAUUAUCAUCAUCUUUCUUAUAACUUAUUUGAGUAUCAAUUCGUAAUCAUCAUCAAGUUUUGUAGAUUUUUAUUUACAAUAAACACUCAACUCUUCAGACAGUAGAACAUAAACAAAAAAGGAAUAAAAGAAAAAUAAAAGUUUCAACUUUGGAAAAUUCGUCGAAAAAACAAAUAACAAGUUCGAUAAUCAGUUCUAAUUGUUUCAAGUUAAACUUUUUCGUUUCUUUCUUCCCACCGGUAAAUUAUUAAAAGUGAAAUUUAAAUCUUGGAUAUCACUCAUUUUACACCUCAAUUUGGCCUCAAUUGCAAUUAGGAGUCAUGGCGAUGAUAAGAGCUGGAGGUGGAGGUGGACUUAAUAGUGGACCAUGGGCCGAACUCAUGGAAAGAUUUCGUGAAAAGCAACAUAAUCAAUCUAAACGCGAUCAGCAGUCAUUUCCGAAGACGAUUGGAAGUGAGGGUUAUAAUGAACGAUCGGAAGGCGGAUUCUCUUUUGGACCUUAUCGACGAUUUGAACAGAUCAAUCACGAUCAUACACUUUGCGAACGGGUAAUAAUCAAUGUUAGUGGAACUAAAUUUGAAACUCAACUUCGAACUCUAAAUAUAUUCCAAGAUACUCUUCUAGGAGAUCCUAUUCGAAGAAUAAGAUAUUUUGAUCCAAAUCGAAAUGAAUACUUUUUCGAUCGAUGUAGAAUCGCCUUUGAAGCUAUUCUCUACUACUAUCAAAGCUGUGGUCGUCUUCGUCGUCCAGGUAAUGUUCCGUUGGACAUUUUCGUUGAGGAGGUUAAAUUUUACGAACUUGGUGAAGAAGCACUGGAAAAGUUAAAAGCCGAUGAAGGUUUCGCACCGGACAAAGAGGAAAGGCCACUUCCAACCAAUGAACUUCACCGGAAAUUGUGGCUCCUUUUUGAACAUCCCGAAUCCUCUCAAGCAGCUCGAAUCGUUGCCAUAACCUCAGUUCUAGUGAUAAUUAUAUCAAUUGUCAUCUUUUGCCUGGAAACAUUGCCUCAGUAUAAACAUUACAAGAUUUUCACCACAUUCGAUAACAAAACUCGAGUCCUCGAAGACGAUGUCCCAUCAACGUCAAACCCUUUCUUUAUCAUUGAAAGUCUGUGCAUAGUUUGGUUCCUUGUCGAGUUUCUUAUACGGUUAUUUGCUUGUCCAUCGAAAAUUGAAUUUAUCAAAGAUAUAAUGAAUGCUAUCGAUUUCAUGGCGAUCGUCCCAUUUUUCAUUACUCUGGGAACCGUUUUCGCGGAUAAGGAAGAGCCGAAAACUUUUAGUGGGGAGAAACAAAAUCAAGGUGCUUCCUUGGCCAUACUUCGAGUCAUUCGAUUGGUUCGAGUUUUUCGUAUAUUCAAACUUUCCCGUCACUCAAAAGGCCUUCAAAUACUUGGAAUGACAUUAAAAGCUUCACUUAGAGAAUUGGCUUUGUUAAUAUUUUUCCUUCUAAUCGGUGUAAUCCUUUUCUCUUCAGCGGUUUACUAUGCCGAAGCAGGUUCCGAAAGGUCAUACUUUAAAUCGAUACCCGAUGCCUUUUGGUGGGCCGUUGUCACCAUGACCACCGUGGGAUACGGGGAUAUGGUUCCCCUUGGUGUUUGGGGCAAAAUGGUUGGCUCUUUAUGCGCCAUUGCCGGUGUACUGACUCUCGCUCUUCCAGUGCCUGUGAUAGUUUCAAAUUUUAAUUAUUUUUACAAUCGGGAAAUGGGUUCAGAAGAUUUAAACAAUAUUAACCUUCGACAUGUUAAAAGUUGCCCUUACAUUGGCCUUUACCCUUAUCAACCUCCACCCUCACCGACAACACAAACAACUGCAACUUCAUCAUCUUAUACAAUCAAUCAGGAUGUUGACCAAAGUAAUGAUGAUCUUGACGGCGGUGGUGGUGAUGGUCAAUUUCAACGAUCAUCAUUCAAUCAGAUUACUCAUGAUUCUGGUGAUGAUGAUAACAAUUCACAAACAUCUUUACCUGAUAUUACAUAUCAAUAUCCUCAUUAUUAUCAUCAUUAUCAUCAGAAAGUAAUAACAGCCAAUAAACAAUACCAGCAACAACAACAACAACAACAACAUCCUCAUCAUUCCUCUUCCUCAGCUUAUCAUCAUUCUCAUCAUCAUCAUCAUCAUCAUCACCAUCAUCAUGUUUAUAGUAAGUUAACCAAUGAUAAUGAUGGUACAACUAAUCAAGAUUAUUCAAACUGUGAUUCUCAAUAUCAUUUAAACCAAUUAAUUAAUCAAAAAAUUCAAACUUGACUUGAGAUUAUCAUUUUUUUAUCCUCAUCCCUGAUCAAAGAUUCAAGCACAUUCACCAUCCUCAUCUUGUUGAAAAUUUCAUCAUCAUCAUCAUCAUUUUAUCCUCUCUCCCCCACAGCCAUCAUCUUCAAUUGUUAAAUUGUUAUAUAAAUGAAAAAUUUCUAAUCACAAUUAAUGUUAAUUGUUUUGUCAUUUCAUUUUCUCUUUUUUUUGUUGGAUUCAUAAUAAUUAAUUGUUUCCAUUUCUUGUAAUGGGAAAUCACCACAAAGUUUUCAAAUCUUAUUACCGAUUAUUAUUGUUACUAUUACGAUAGUUCAUCAAUUGAACUCGAUUAAAGUUAUUGAUUGCCAAUCGUUUUCUCAACAAUUAGCAACAAUUAA